AUGGCCAAAGAACCAGCUCUGGCCGAAGCUGCACGUCUAUUGUCACAAGCGGCAUCUAGCCUUAUAAAUCAAAGCUCACAGCCUUCAACAAGUAGAAGUACAGAAUAUUCAGCAGUCACCAAUCAGGCGGAGACAAACAACAGGCCGGCGAGAGCGAGGGAUGUUUGCUGUUUGCAACGUAUAAUCAAGCAAAUGCGUCCACCUCUCGUUCCGUUCCAUUGAAUGGCAAUAUACCCCAACGAAGAGCAUCUACAAAUCAUCAUGCAAAAGCACUGAAAAGACGAAAAUCAGUGAAAGAAAUAUCAAUAAAGUUUUUCUGUCUUGCGAGCACCACCCAGCGAGAUGUUCCGAAUAAUGAUGAAAAGCAACAGUUGCUCGUCGCUGGACUUGGCGAAAAGAAGGUAACCCUACAAGCAGACUCAACUUCGUCUGAUGUUGUGGCUGCACUAAAGGAAACAUACCCAAAGUUGACCGAUGGUGGUGGAUAUGAAUUUAUGUACGCAAAAGCCAGUUCUCGUCAGCUUUCCGUUAUAGAUGAGGGAGAAAAUGGGUAUACCAUUGAGUUUCUCAAACAGUUUGUCGGACAAGGACGAGUAUAUAUUCGCCCAAUACAUUGCGAUCUUGACUUAAAAGCUAUGGUUAAAGCCAAAGAUCAAGGAGAAAUCAUAGAAGAAAUCUGUAAUCAUUGUAUGAAUAUAUUCCCCUUGAAUAAGUUGAGGGAACAUCUUUACUUAUGUCCUGAAAAUAAUACG